UAUUCUUUUUAAAAUCUGCCCAAUCCAGACAUCUUUACAGCUUAAAACGAUGCCCCUAUAGCAAACACAUAGACUAUCUUCCAUUUAUUUGUUAAUGGAAUGACAUUAUUAUGUAAUAGGGUCCUAUGAUAUGAAUGAAUGCAAGUGCAUAUUAAUGUAGGAGCUGAGCAUGCAAAAUCUUCGUACAGUUGACUCAUUUCUGAACUCUACAGACUUUAUAUGUAGGCUUGACCCCACCCAUUUCCCAGAACCGAGGGGAAUCCCAACACACCAUAAAGACAAAGUGUGAAGAGAAACCGUUUCCACUUUAGUUUCAGUAUUCUGUAAUCUCUUUAAAGUAAUCCACUGGCUGGACUGACAAUAGUAAAUCUAAGUCAAAGCUACACCCAUUUCUUUCUUCACUUCCUUUUUUUGUAUACUGUCUUCCUAUUUUAUGUUUUGUUAUCAUCAUUAUUUUGUUAAAACACCUACAAGUUAUGUUACCAUGUGCAAAAUGACGCUUGACUUCCGAUGGGGUGAACUUCCUCAAACAUCUCAUGCUGAUCUUCUGCACCAGUGGCCUCAGAGGACCUGCUCUCUCUUUUCAUCCUAAAACAACUUCUAUAUCCUUGAAAGGAUGGAGAAGAAUGGAGGAAAACCGCGUCAGCAGCAUUAUGGGCUGGUUUCGUCAGCGUUUUGGAAAUCAAAGGAAUGAGUUGGACCAAAGCAAACCACGUACAUGUUCUCAGAAGUGUUCAUCUGGACAUUCCAACUCCACAUCCAGCUGCUCCGUGUGCUCCUCUCCCUCUCCCUCUUCCUCAAAAUCUUCCUCAUCAGCGAAGCCGUCUGCCUCAGAACAGCCUCUGCCCUCUGCGCUCUUCUCAUCCUUCCGCUCAGCUCGCAGAUAUGACGUGUGUCUGUGUCACAGUGAGAAGGACAUUGAUCUAGCACAGAGUUUGGCCUCUUUCCUUGAAGAGCCCUCCAAAGGUCUACGCUGUUAUCUGCAGGAACGGGACUGUCCACUAGGAGGCGCCGUGUCCACUGAGCUCCUGCAGGCCGUGCGCGACAGCCACUGCUGGGUGCUGCUCGUCACUCCAGACUUUCUGAAGGAUGAAUGGUGCUUAUACCAGAUGCACCAGGCCCUGUCUGAAGGGCCCAUGUCACAGAGGAUCAUCCCUGCUGUAAUAAACAUGCCCAGAUCGGAGCUCCCGCUGGAACUGCGCUUUGUCUUUACUGUGGAUUUAAAUACGAACAAAGAGUUUGGCUACACUCAAGUGUACAACACGGUGCUUCAUUUAGUAUAGCAGUAUUUCUCCUGUGAUUUCCUUCGUUUAUGUUGGUGGAUUUAAAUAAAGUACAGAAUACUAUUUAAAUAAAGUACAGAUUACAUGGACAGAAUACCAGACCCAGCAAAUAAGGAGUAAGGAUGGAUUUGGCGGCAUCAAGGAGAUUGGCAGAGGAUCGCUUACUAACCAUCCAGCAGAACAGCCAGCCUCUGGAUCAGUAUGUGAAGGAAUUUUUGGAAUAUUACCGUCAAGUUGGCUGGAGUAAGCACACACUCAGAGCAUGUUUUUGGGAGGGUCUGGAUGAUGAAUUGUAUAUGUUUCUAUCACCCGGUAAGAGCAGUACUUCUUUGGUAGAAUAUAUUAACUAUGUCCUUUGGUUGAGUGGUUCUGCCUUUGUUGUGGAGGGUAACAGUUCCAUUCAUCAUCUAGCUCCAUUCUGAACACGUGUGGCUGCUCCAGUUCAACCUGAACCAGCGUCCAAGUCCUCCACGGACCAGACUGUCAUGACCACCAAGCCAGAGUCCGCUCUGGCCCUUGAGCCUGCUCCAGAGUCCGCUUCAGCCCAUAGUCCGCUCCAGCCCCAGAGCUCAGCCCAGAGUCCGCUCCAGCCCCAGAGCUUGCUCCAGCCCGGAGUCCCCUCCAGCCCGGAGUCCCCUCCAGCCCGGAGUCCCCUCCAGCCCGGAGUCCGCUCCAGCCCGGAGUCCGCUCCAGCCCGGAGUCCGCUCCAGCCCGGAGUCCCCUCCAGCCCGGAGUCCGCUCCAGCCCGGAGUCCCCUCCAGCCCGGAGCUUGCUCCAGCCCAGCCCGGAGCUUGCUCCAGCCCGGAGUCUCCUCCAGCCCGGAGUCUCCUCCAGCCCGGAGUCUCCUCCAGCCCAGAGUCGUCCACUCCAGAGUCCACUCCAAGGUAGAAUGUUCAAAAUCUGCUCCAUCCCAAGCACUCACGGAGUCCGCUUCACUCCAAAAAGAACCAGAGUCCGCUCCGGUCCAAACUCAUUCAGAAUUCACUCCAGUCCAAGAGUUUGUUUCAGAGCCCAUUCCAUCCCAAACACUCAGAGUUUGCUCCAAGUUCUGCCAGAGUUUGCUCCGGUAUCCUCUCCAGUAAACACCCCAGUGCUGCAAAAUCCAAUGGCACCUCUGCUGCCAGUGCUUAUGGUACCCUAUCAAAUGCACUUUUCAAGCACUGCCAAUACAAAUGGUGCUGCCUAUGCGGAUGGACGCAGUACCAAAUAAUCAGACAUUAACUGCUCUGCCAAUUCAAGUGGUCACAGCGGUACAAGUUCUGACAUUCACAGUGCUGCCAACACCAAUGGUCACAGCGUUUCAAGGCCCAGAAUCCCAUGCGCAGCAGGAGAUGGAAAUCCCGAAGUCGGUGCUCCAGUCUGCGCUAUCUGUGAUAGCGUUGGUUGGUUGUUGCAUGUGGGCCACGCAUACCGCUACAGUUCCUCCUUUGUCUUGGUCACGGCAUACUGUACUGCCGACACCUCCCUGGCUUCCUGUUUUGCCAGCACCUCCCUGGCUUCCUGUGCCCCUGGCACCACCCUGUAGGCUUCCUGUCCUUUGUUUCCUUGGCAACUCAUUGAUUGAGUCAUUCUAGUUUGGUUGCUCUAUUUAUGCCCUCAGUUUCUCCCUAGUUUUUGUCUGGUAUUGACUGUAUUUUUUUAACAGUCACAGUAUUUCUCCUUUAUGUUGGUGGAUGUAAUAAAGUACCUUUUUGUUUUUGCAUCUUUUUCGUUGUGCGUCUAUCUCUACGCUACAACCAUGACAGUUGCAGCAGCUCAUUGGUUCCUUGUACAAACCACGUGUCUUAAUAUUCUGGUUGCAGUCAUAAUAUACAAAGUAUAUUAACAGAUAUGAUGCAAACCUGUACUAUGAAAUACAAAAGGACAAUGUCCACUCCUCUCUCUUCCUGAAUGGUGAUACUGUCCAGACAGGACAAAAAAGUACCAUGAAAGUAAUCCAUAGUUAUAAUCCAUAUUAAAUCAACUCAUGUGCAAUUUUCUUACAAUAAUUUGUUAACUAAAAGUUUUACCUGUUCUCCUAAGGGGUUUACACUUUCAACCGUGCCAGAAAAUAAGUUUUUGCAUAAUUUGUUUUCCUCCUGUUUCUGUUCUCUUAUACAGUAUAGUGGAAAAAGUGCUUUGCUGUGCCCAGAAAGUUCUCCCAUCAGAGAUAAAGCCUAAUUUCUGUAAACCAGACGGGAAUGUUUAUAUUUCAAACUUUCCCACACUGCUUUUGGUAGAUGUUUUGUCAUGUCUGGAAACAGAAUAUAGAUUCUCAAUA